CUAAUAGGAUGCAUCGGAAGAAUGGUCAGUUUGCUUCAUUGAAAGAAAAUUCAACCUCUUCUAGUUGGGAUUCUACUAAGAGUUUCCUUCAAAGAGAUGGCACACCUCGUCCAGAAACUGUUGUUCGAAGAUGUCAACAUUGUGGUGUUGGUGAAAAUUCUACUCCUGCAAUGCGUCGUGGCCCAGCUGGACCAAGGACACUCUGCAAUGCAUGUGGGCUUAUGUGGGCAAACAAGGGAUGGUUACAAUGACUUCAACACAUUCUACAUGCAAAUUGGCAAUGGACGGAAUAUAGUUCGGGAAGCAUCAAAGGAUUACAUUUUGAAUUUUUGGAUAUAUUUUGUCAUAGGUUUUUGUUAUGAAUUUGCAAGCUUAGAAGGUUUUUGGGCAUUACAUGUUUCAAGUUUGGGAUUGUAAGAGAUUUGUACUUAAAUUGGAUGUUUUGGAUUUGAUAUGUUGUUUAUA